AUGUCGACGGUGGGCUGGAGAGAGUCAUCAAGUGUCUCAAGGCAGAACCAGUGGCUGGUGGACAUGUUUGUUGGAAUAAAGAGUCCAUUUGGUGAGUUAGAGACUUUUAAGGGAAUGCUAGCUCACUCAAAGGUAAAUACGUUGCCGGCGAUGAAGAAGGUUAGGGCAUCAUCGCUGCCUGUGAUCCCGCAGCAAAAUGUUGUAUUCCACGUCUCACCAAACCAAAGUGUUCCCGCCGUUCUCAGUCCUCUCUCAAAUUGUCCUCCACCAACGCUGCCAUCACCUCCAGCACCUUCAAAUCGGAAUAAGAUAAAUCACAGAAAACUAAAAAGGACACCAAAGCCCAUCAUUAACCUCAGAUUUCGCAAGAUGCAUUUCGAAGAUGUGCCUAUGUAUCAGGAAGAGGAUUGUCUGGGUUAA